AACUGUGUGGCCCACCAGAACCCCGGAGUGACUCUUUACCUCCCCUUGUGUGCGGCUCGGAUGACUUGUCGGUUUGUGGUCCGCAGACCCGACGCUCCCGACGGCUGAGGUGUAUAAGGGACCAGUCAGCCAUCCCGGUUGAAAUCCAGUCUGAAGAAUAUAUCUUAUCGGGCUACAUACCAGUCUGAAGCGGUUGACAUUGAAGAUUAUAAUUCUGGCAAAUUGAAGGUCGCAGGGAUGGGAUUAACGCCCGUGCAUUUUUUCUCACAUGGCUCGACCAUGAUGCUGGGGGAAGAGUCUACCUCUGCAGACUACUGGCGGAAAUGCGGGGAUGAGGCGCUGGCACAUGGCAUUCGGGGCGUGGUUAUUAUGUCCCCAUGUACUAAUAUUGUAUCUCAGGGCGCCCAUUGGGACUGUUACGGAGAUCAAAUCCAAGUGUCGACGAACCCCAAUCCCGGCAAGAGUCCCGUUGCAUACGUGCACCCCUCUAAGUACGUGGACUAUAAGCUCAACGCCGAUCUCCAGACGGCACGACACUGUGUCGAUCUACUCGCUAAGGAGGGCUUCAAUGUAAGCGGCAACGACACCUUUGACUGGAUCCAUGAUGUCUAUCUCAUCCUGAUUCGGAUGUUCCCUAACGGCUGUCCGCCUACGUCAAUUAUCUCGUUGAAUGCCCGGUACGACCCGCACUAUCAUAUGAAAGUUGGGGCGGCGCUUCGUCAGCUCCGGGCGGACAAUUUCCUUCUUAUUGGCACUGGGGGCGCGGUGCAUAAUCUGUAUCGGAAUCGGUGGGCGCCGAUGCUGCGCUUCCGGGAUAAUUUUGCCAUGGAUACGCCGCCGGAGGGGUGGGCGUUGGGGUUUCGUCAAGCAGUGGAAGAUGUGAUUCUGAAGAGCUCGGGGCCGCGGCUUCGACGUGCUAUGACGCGGUUGAUGAAACAUCCGGAGUAUCGGGAUGCGCAUGCCACCGAUGAUCAUUUCAUGGCGGCGAUGUUUGUGGCGGGGGCGGCGGGGGAUUGGGAGGAUGAUGGGAGUCCGGCGGUGUUGGGGGCAGAGACGUGGGAGUUGACGAAUAUGUGCAAUUCUCAGUUUACGAUUGGGGCUUGGGGGAGUAAACUUGGAUAG